AUGUCCAGAGCCAAAGCCUUAAACAGCUCAUCAGUGACCACGUUCAUCCUUCUGGGAUUUGCAGACCAUCCAAAACUUCAAGCCCUGCUCUUUGUGACCUUCCUGGGCAUCUAUUUCAUCACUUUGGCUUGGAAUAUGACCCUCAUCAUUUUGAUCAAAACCGACACCCAUCUGCACACACCCAUGUACUUCUUCCUCAGCAAUUUGUCCUUCAUUGAUAUCUGCUACUCUUCUUCAGUCGCUCCCAAGAUGCUCAUUGACUUCUUCCAAGAGCAGAAGACCAUAUCAUUUGUGGGCUGUGCGGCUCAGUUUUUCGUCUUUGUUGGCAUGGGUCUAACUGAGUGCUUCCUCCUGACUGCUAUGGCCUAUGAUCGAUAUGCAGCCAUUUCCAAGCCCCUGCUCUACACUGCCGUCAUGUCCCCGGGCCUCUGUACCCGAAUGGUGGUUGGAGCAUACGUGGGUGGUUUCCUGAGUUCCCUCAUCCAGGCCACCUCCAUAUUCCGGCUCCACUUCUGUGGACCCAACAUCAUCAACCAUUUCUUCUGUGACCUCCCACCAGUCCUGGCACUUUCUUGCUCUGAUAUUUUUCUAAGUCAAGUGGUAAAUUUCCUCGUAGUGGUCCUUGCUGGGGGGACAUCAUUUCUCAUCCUUCUUAUCUCCUACAGUUAUAUCAUAGCUGCUGUCUUGAAAAUCCACUCAGUAGAAGGCCGAUGGAAAGCUUUCAAUACCUGUGCCUCACACCUCAUGGCAGUAACUCUCUUGUUUGGGACCGCCCUUUUCAUGUACCUGCGACCCAGCUCCAGCUACUCCCUUGGCAGGGACAAGGUGGUAUCUGUGUUCUACUCGCUGGUAAUCCCCAUGCUGAACCCUCUCAUUUACAGCUUGAGGAACAAAGAGAUCAAACAAGCCCUGUGGAAAACGUUGGAGAAGAAAAAAUGUUUUCCUAGAUCUUAA